ACUCAAUGAAUCAGUCAAUCAUAAACAAUAUUUUACUUAUUCAAUAUAUUAUAUUUAUUUAUUUAUGCAUGGAUCUAAGUGGUGGAGUGUAUGUCAUGUGGCAUAGAUUAUUUGUCCCAUUGUGUUGAAAAAUAGUCCAUUGUAUGAGUGACGUCAUUUACUGUGCAUUUUGGUUCCAUGGAUUUCACUCCAUUGAACGAUUCCACUACCUUUUCACAAAACUGCUUCGAUGACAAGAGGAAGAUAAAUCCAGCAAGCCAAAUGCUGAUGAGAAGCUUGUACAGUGAUCCUGGGGACAUCUCUAGGCCUUGUAGAAGUCCUGUCAGAUAAAGAAUUGGACAAGUUCCUACUGUUAUUUUUCACUGGAUUCACAGGAAAUGUGUGUUUCCACACACACUCCAUUUUGCACCUCAAUACCUCACUGAGCUCAGCAGUAUGUUGGUGGCUCACCUGACUGGCAGAAUGAAGUGCUGCUCUGUGAAGCCACUGUGGAUGUCACAUGCUGUCUUUCAUCUCAUGCAAAUAUUCUCACCAUUGCAUUCAUGAACUUUCAUUAUCUGCAUCAGCGUGCAGAGCAUGCAGGGCAUUUUUCUACACGCCUUUCAUUGGUUUUAAAAUUUUACUUCCUGUUUUUUUUACUGGUGUACUGUCACCGGACUUGCAGGUGCAGGCAGUGCAUGAAUGCAAAGCACUGACUUGAAGAAUAUCCUGAUAUAUAAAAACCUCAUCAGAACAUCUGUUUGCGCUACAUUAGCUGCACAGCAGAGUGAUCUCUGCACACCUUACUUCAACGAUGUCUCUGAUUCUUCGUUGUCUGCCCUGCAGAAAAGCCUGGACAGUGAUGCCUUUGCAGAAAGGCUCCCCAGAUACGGAUGGCUGGAGGAUGAAUUUUCUCACCCGUGGACGAGGUAGACCUGAUAGGGGUAGACUGUUUCCAAAUUUUCACAGAGGCAACAGAGGUCAGCCCAGUGUGAACACCACUGAAAGGACUGAUGGGGCCUGUCCACCUACGUGUGAUCCACCAAAACAAGAUGAGCCUCAAAAAGAGAUGCUAACUUUUGAGCAAAAUCUGGAGAGACUCCAGUUGUCCGAGGCCAGCCAACAGCUCAUUGAGAGAGAGGAGCGUCUGUUUGGGGAGAUGAUGGAGACAAAUGCACUUAUCCAUCAGGAGGAAGAUGUAAAUAAGCUUAUUACAGACCGCAGAGCUCUGGAAGAUCUGGUCAACUCUACUCUGAGAACCUCUCUGAGCCAGGCAGAGGUCAACGAGAAUGUGCUAACGUCUGCUGUGAAAGCCAUCUCUCAGGAGGAGAUGCAGGACUGGGUGUGGAGCCAGAGGAGUCCCCAGACAUCACCGGCCUGGAGGCCAAGCGGUUGGAAGAACCUCCAUGAUUCAGUUAUUCAAAGCUUGGUGGAGGAGCGUAUGAUGAACCCUGCAAAUCCCACAAUGAACCACGAUUCAUCGUCUGUCCAGUUGGACAUCUGCAGCAUGGGGAAGCAGCUGAAGGAGGACCUGCUGUGGGUGGUAGAAGUGGUGAAGAAAUGCUACCCACCGGAAGAGAACAUCUGUCAAAUGUAUGCCAAACUCUACCACCAAACCUUUGCUGCCAGACUCAGAACGAUUGCAGAGUUUGUCCUGAACGACAGGGACGGCACUUACAUCCUGCUUUGGAUAAACGACUUCUACCCAAGCACCUUUUGCAACCCGAAGUUGGGUGAAAUCGACAUUGAGUCACUUGAAAAUCUGUUGCCAGACUCGUUGUUGGCCCCUCUGGAAGAACAGUUUCUGAACAAGCAGCAGCAUGAGCUGACAGAGUACACCAAGCAAGUGCUGGAGCAAGCGGAGCAAGACUGGACGGCAAGAACAGAGCCAAAGAAGGAGGAUGGUUGCUUUGUCAGUCACGUGGCCUGUGACAUCAUUGAGCUGAUCCACAGUGCUGUGAAGGAGGCGACACACGUACUCGGGAGCCAAAACAAGGUCCAGAGCAUGAUGUGUGUACUGACAGAGGUACUGCAAAGCUUUUCCACCUUCCUGCAUGAUGUUAUGAAGCAAAACAAAGUGCACAGCAAGUCCAUCAUCAAGGCAAAUCUCAGAUGUGUGGAACAGUUCAGGGACUUUAUUGUUAGGAAAAGUGAUCUUUUUCCUGACAGCGUGAGAAAAAGCUCUUUGACCGUCCUGACCGAAAUGAAACAGUCUGUCUACAUAUAUUUGUUAGGCCCCGUGCACAAGAACCUGAAGCCACAUUACAGAAAGAUUGGAACACAGGACUGGCUGAAGAGGCCGGAGCUCAACAACCUUCUGGAGAGCAUUGAAGAUCAGAUGAUGGCUCUUGAGGGCUUGGCUGAAUCCUGUCAUCAGGAGCUGAUUGGCCAGCUGCAGCAGGAAGUGACGGUGGAGUACGUCAGGAUGCUCCUGAAAGGAAAAGUCCAGCUACAGGACAGAGAGAAGCAGCUUCGUGCUUACACUGUGAUUAAGGACAACAGCGAGAGCCUGAACAACCUUUUCACCAGCAUGGGAUCAAAAGAAGACUGGCUGAAAGAUGUCCUGACUGAGAUUGCAGAAGUCCUAAAACUCCAAGACAUCGCCGCUAUACAGAUGCAAGUUGUUUCAUUGGGAAACACUUUUCCUGACCUCAGUGAAAGACAUGUUUCUGCUUUGCUAAAGCUGAAGAGCAACAUCUCCACGCCAGACAGGAGGAAGGUCAAAGAAACUCUUUUGGACACUUUGAGUCAAACCUGCGUCACAGACGCUCGACCUUUUUUCUCCAAAGUUAAAGUCAAAGGAGCCCUAUUCAAGUGACAGGUUCAACCACCAGGAUCAUCCACCUGUCCAGGAUUUACACGUUGUGUACUUUAUUUCAAUUCCAUGAUGCAUUGUGGGUACUGAUUCACACAGCAAGCAGACUGAUAUUGGUUGUGUAAAACAGCUGAGCUGGAAAGAAUUUUGUCUCCAACCAGUUACAAAGUGAUGAAAAGAACAUUUGAAUUCCUUCAAAAAUGUAUAAGCUACUGGAGCUGCAGAGAAAACUCUGUGUGUGUGUGUGUGUGUGUGUGUGUGUGUGUGUGUGUGUGUGUGUGUGUGUGUGUGUGUGUGUGUGUGUGUGUGUGUGUGUGUGUGUGUGUGUGUGUGUGUGUGUGUGUGUGCGUGCGUGUGUGUGUGUGUGUGUGUGAUUCUGUAAUUUAUGUAUUUUUAUUGUAUUUUUUUUAUCACACCAUUGUUUUUAUUAUUUUAAUCUAUACGAGUAUUUUGCUACGUGUACUUGGCGCUAUUAAACAUUUUACGCCUGAACUUUCUGAAACUUCUUUCUGAUUCCACAUGAUUACAUAAUCAUUUAGAAAUUUUACAGUUAAUCGUAAUCAUUUGUAUUACAUUCAGGUUUUUAAUGGUUUUAGAGCUUGU